AUGGCUACCAAGUGCGUCCACAAAGGCUGUGGGAAGGUGUUCACCGACCCGGAGGAGCCCUGCGUUUACCACCCAGGCCCGCCAGUAUUCCACGAAGGACAGAAAGGCUGGAACUGCUGCAAGCCCCGCGUCCUCACCUUCGAGGAGUUUAUGGACAUUCCUCCCUGCACGACUGGAAAGCACUCCGCUGUUGACGAUACCCCUGCGCCUGCUAAGAAGGACGAGCCUGCGGCAUCUCAGCCUCCUGUUGCCGCCCCGAUCCCUGUCAGAGACAGCGGGGUACCCCGGCCUGUAGCGCACUCGCCUGCCAUCCCUCCCCCGUCGAAUGCGCCUUCGCCCGCUCCCGAAGAGCCAGAGUCUGAUGAUCCCGAGCUUGCGAUUCCCGGGAAUGCUACAUGCCGGAGGAGAGGGUGCGGUGGGACUUAUAACCCUGAUGUAUCGCGGGAUGAGGAGAAGUGUGUCCACCACCCCGGCCAGCCUGUUUUCCAUGAAGGCAGCAAGGGUUGGUCGUGCUGUAAGCGGCGCGUACUUGAGUUCGACGCCUUCUUGAAGAUCGAGGGAUGCACGGAGAAGAAGAAGCAUCUUUUCGUCGGAAAGGGCAAGCCGGCUGGGGAGGAGAAGGUCGAGUCUGUUAGGAAUGACUUCUACCAAACAGCAACCUCCGUCAACGUCUCGCUAUACUUGAAGAAGAUCGACAAGGACAACGCCAAGGUCGAGUUCACGUCCACUGGCCUUACGCUGGACCUUCCGACUACGGAUAACAAGCGCUACAAGGACAGCUACGAGCUGUUUGCGCCGAUUGACCCGGAGAAGUCCAAGUUCAAGGUGCUGGGUACGAAGCUGGAGUUGACGCUCGUCAAGGGCGAUGGGACGAGCUGGCCGGUGCUACGGAAGGACGAUCGAUGGACUGGAGAGCGCAUCCAGAUUGGUGGCGCAGCGAGGGCUUAA